AUUAUACUUUAAAAAGUGGCAUUAAAUUAUGUACUGUUAAGCGCUCUGUUAUCUCGGUGUUGGAUUUUUGUUAUGCUAGCAUGACCACAGAAAGCAAUACGUCAAUAUCUAAUACAUACUUCGAACAGUGUUUAAUAUUGUGUUUAAUACAUUGCUAUAGUCAGUAACAAUAUUUGCUAAUCGAAUGUCUUAUGAAGUGGUUACUCAUUCUGGAUGAGUUGAAAUGACAGUGUUAUGUUUAGGCAGGAACUGACAUCUGUUUAGAAUUUAGUUAACAUUGGACAUACGCAGCAAACUGUGGUUGGGGAAUAUUUGACAUCACAUGAUAUUUGGUAGAAGAUUAAAGCUUUAGUUGAUAGAUUUAAUAGAAUAUGGAUGCCCUGUUACCUACAGCUCUAAUGUAGUCAGCAUAACACAAUAGGCUUCAAGAGGACAAAAGGUCUGUCACGACAUUAUCCGAUCUGCUGAAGACAUUGUUGUUUGACAUCAGUCAUUCGACAGGAUUAUAACAUUAUACGAAAUACACUUUGUAAUUAUUUAGUAUUUUUAAUUGUGGAAUAUUUGUCUAACCUGCCCUGCUGGGUGUAUUUGUUUGGUAUUCAUAAAACCUGGUUAAACUGAUCUCUAGACCGAUAUAUGAGACAAUAGACAUCCUUGGUGUAUUUGCCAGCUGUCAUUCUGUUUUGUUGAUCUCAUUGGUUGGAUGUUGGACGGUUAAAUUUGGCGUACUUUAUGUAAUGGUUUGAAUUGUAUUGCGAAAUCCUGCUGGAGUUUAAGGAGAUUUCAAGUAAAUAUGGUCACAUGACUAGCCACGUGGAGGCAUGAACUUGUUUUUGCAAAGAGAUCUUGGCAUCCAUCAGUCUUCAUUACAUUCACACCGUUAUCAGAUUAUAUUGUCCCUUGCCUUUCAGUUUCACUUGGCUUUAAUAAUAUUUAUCUCCACAUUUCAUAUCAACAUCUGAAUUACUGUAAAGAAAUUGGAAUUACUGAAUGAAUUACUGUUUAACUACAUUAGUAUUGUCAGCCUUUAUUUGUUUAUAAUAAGAACUUUUCAGUAGAAGUCGAACGAUAUAUCAGUUUUACCGAUUAAUCGGUGCCAAUAGUUGCUUUUUGGAUCUACUGCUUAUCGGCAAAAAUCUAUGCUGAGAGUUGCCGAUAAUUUCUUUUUUAUUCCUCAUCAGUAAACCUACUCUGGUGAACUGUAUCUACAAAACUCUUCAUCUGGUGAUUAUAUAGGCUAUAAAAAGCUCAAUUUGGAAAAUAGCCUUUCAUAUAAAGCAUUGUAAUGGAGCCAAGUCUCUGUCAUUUCAAAAUAAGAGUCCCCGGUGUAUUUCGGGCUUGUUUAUUGUUAAAAGGCCCACAUUAUGCACAAAAUCUUCAUUUAUCUGGUUAUUUUUGCGAUUUUGGUUGCACAAUAAACUGCUUUUGGGAUUUUAUUCAUGUAAGAUUCUUGUAGCCUCUCUGCAUGUGCCCCUCAUUUUAAUGAAAGACUAAGAAAAUGUUUAUCAUUCUAUAAAUGUAUUUAAAAAAAAACUAUUGGCCGAUUAAUCUGUUAUCUGCCUUUUCCACCACUUUAGUUAUCGGUAUCAGUAAAAUCUACUAUCGGUUGACCUCUACUUUUCAGCACUUACUUGUGUUUAUUUCACUCUUCUGAAGCAUAUCUAUAGAAAGUAUACCUUUUAGGAAGUGUCUUAAGUCAUUAAAUUCAACAUAAAGAAUUGUUGGGGAGCCUGGGUAGCUCAGCGAGUAAAGACGCUGGCUAUCACCCCUGGAGUGGCAAGUUCGAAUCCAGGGUGUGCUGAGUGACUCCAGCCAGGUCUCCUAAGCAACCAAAUUGGCCCGGUUGCUAGGGAGGGUAGAGUCACAUGGGGUAACCUCCUCGUGGUCGCUAUAAUGUGGUUCUCGCUCUCGGUGGGGCGCGUGGUGAGUUGUGCGUGGAUGCCGCAGAGAAUAGCGUGAAGGCUCCACAUGUGCUAUGUCUCCGCGGUAACGCGCUCAACAAGCCACGUGAUGAGAUGCGCGGAUUGACUGUCUGAGGCAACUAAGAUUCAUCCUCCGCCACCCGGAUUGAGAGAUUAACGUCAUGCUUCCAAAUAGCUGAACUGGCUGCAUUACGAACUGGAUCUCUGCAACGUUACAGCUCUGAGAGGGAGAGGGAAUACGAUAAAGGACGGAGGAAGCGAGCUCAGCUUGAGUCAAUGCAGCAGCAGAGUCGGCAGCCUGACCAAGUGGAGGGAAGCCUUCCAGUGUUUGUGUUCCCCACUGAGCUGGUGUUCUAUGCAGAUGAGCAGGCUUCACAUAAGCAGGUGCUCACCCUCUACAACCCUUAUGAGUUUGCUCUUAAAUUCAAAGUUUUGUGCACAGCGCCAAACAAGUAUGCAGUGGUGGAUGCCACUGGUGCUGUUAAACCACAAUGUUGUGUGGAUAUCGUGAUCCGCCAUAGGGAUGUGCGGGCUUGCCAUUAUGGAGUGAUUGAUAAGUUCCGGCUGCAGGUGUCUGAGCAGAGUCAGAGGAAGGCACUGGGCAGGAAGGAAGUAAUGGCCACUCUGCUGCCCUCCUCCGCUCAGGAGCAGCCCCAGGUCCGACCCCUGGAGGAGGAGCGCAGGAUGAAAGAGCAACUUGCCGACAGAGUGUUCUUUGAGCAGACUGCAUUCCAGACAGAGAGCCGCACAGCAUCUGGGGGCCCCAGCCUCCUAACUGUCCUUUUAGGCCUGGUGUGUAUGGCAGCCCUUAUGCUCCCAACUUUGGGAGAGCAGGAAUCCACAGUGCCUGUCUACCUCCACUUAAGUGUUAACAAGAAACUUGUAGCUGCUUAUGUUUUAGGUCUUCUUACAAUGGUUAUUCUACGCACUUGAAGUGCUCUUCAAAUUGACCUUGCUGAAUGAAAAUGGAACUAAGAUGAUGAAGAGGGGAGAUAUGGACUUAUCUCAGCCAGGAGUGUUCUGAGGACAGGGAAACAUGUCUGAGAAACUUCCUCUAAACAGGAACUAACUUUUUAAAUGACGUCUCAAACAUACCGAAACAAUGAAGACGCAAAGAUCCAUGGGUGGGGGUUGGGCGUAUUGUGUUUAUCGAUGGAAAAAUGACUGAGCUGCCAACUGGGCCCAGCUGACUAUCUUGUUAGGUGGGAGGGGGUGUAGAAGAACAUGAGUACAUUAAAUUAAAUGUGUUGUCUUGCGUCAUAUUCUGUGUGUCUGUGAAUUGCUUUUUGUGUUUGAUAAAUGAACAUGCAUAGUUUGCCACAAGGGAAGAUUCUCACAUCUUGACACCCUUGUUUUUUGAAUUGCUCUUAUAUUUGUCCACUGCUUAAAUCUUGUGCACAUUAUCUUUAUAGAUAUCCACAUCAAAUAAACCAAGUUGAUUUUUAAAA